UCUGUUGACUAUUUCACUUUUGCGUCCCUCUCUGUUGCUCUUCUACCCUACCGAGCGAGUUCUGCUUUUUUGUUGUUGUUGUUUAAGUCUUCGACGUUUUAGGGACCCGGAAGCGGAAGAGGACAGCGUGCGGUCGGUACUUCCGGGUCACAGAGAGUGCGGGAUUCCGGGCCGAGCGCGGGUCGCGGAGCUGGGACCUCGCGUGAUUCUCGGAGCCCGACGGGAAGCGGCGUCCGGGGCUAUGGCUGUGACUCUGGACAAAGACGCGUACUACCGGCGAGUUAAGAGACUGUACAGUAACUGGCGGAAAGGAGAAGACGAAUAUGCCAGUAUUGAUGCCAUUGUUGUAUCUGUGGGUGUUGAUGAAGAAAUUGUUUAUGCCAAGUCAACUGCCUUACAGACAUGGCUCUUUGGUUAUGAACUAACUGAUACAAUCAUGGUCUUCUGUGAUGACAAAAUCAUCUUCAUGGCCAGCAAAAAAAAAGUGGAAUUUUUGAAACAGAUUGCCAAUACUAAAGGCAAUGAGAAUGCAAAUGGAGCCCCUGCCAUAACACUGCUCAUCAGAGAGAAGAAUGAAAGUAAUAAGAGCAGCUUUGACAAAAUGAUUGAAGCCAUUAAAGAAAGCAAGAAUGGCAAGAAAAUUGGAGUGUUCAGCAAAGACAAGUUCCCUGGAGAAUUCAUGAAGAGCUGGAGUGACUGUCUCAACAAGGAGGGCUUUGACAAAGUAGAUAUCAGUGCUGUUGUGGCAUACACCAUUGCUGUGAAAGAGGAUGGGGAGCUCAACCUGAUGAAGAAAGCAGCCAGCAUCACCUCUGAGGUUUUCAACAAAUUCUUCAAGGAAAGAGUCAUGGAGAUAGUGGAUGCAGAUGAGAAAGUUCGGCAUAGCAAAUUGGCUGAGUCUGUGGAAAAGGCCAUUGAAGAGAAAAAAUACCUAGCCGGAGCAGACCCUUCUACUGUGGAAAUGUGUUACCCUCCUAUUAUUCAGAGUGGUGGCAACUAUAAUCUCAAAUUCAGUGUAGUGAGUGAUAAAAACCAUAUGCAUUUUGGGGCCAUUACUUGUGCCAUGGGCAUUCGCUUUAAAUCUUACUGCUCCAACCUUGUUCGCACUCUGAUGGUUGAUCCUACUCAGGAAGUUCAAGAAAAUUACAACUUCUUACUUCAGCUUCAAGAGGAGAUGCUAAAGGAAUUAAGACAUGGUGUGAAGAUAUGUGAUGUAUAUAACUCUGUCAUGGAUGUGGUUAAGAAGCAGAAGCCAGAGCUGCUGAACAAAAUUACAAAAAACCUAGGAUUUGGGAUGGGAAUUGAAUUCCGUGAAGGCUCUCUAGUAAUCAAUAGUAAAAAUCAGUACAAGCUUAAAAAAGGGAUGGUUUUCAGCAUCAACCUAGGAUUUUCAGACCUGACUAACAAAGAGGGAAAAAAACCGGAAGAGAAAACCUAUGCCCUAUUCAUUGGUGACACAGUACUUGUAGAUGAGGAUGGCCCAGCCACUGUUCUUACUUCUGUGAAAAAGAAAGUAAAGAAUGUGGGGAUUUUCCUAAAGAAUGAGGAUGAGGAAGAGGAGGAGGAAGAGAAAGAUGAAGCAGAGGACCUUUUAGGAAGAGGCUCCAGGGCAGCAUUACUUACCGAAAGAACAAGGAAUGAGAUGACUGCUGAAGAAAAGCGAAGAGCACAUCAGAAGGAACUGGCAGCCCAGCUCAACGAGGAAGCAAAGAGGAGACUGACAGAGCAGAAAGGGGAACAGCAGAUUCAGAAAGCUCGCAAGUCGAAUGUGUCCUAUAAAAACCCAUCUCUGAUGCCUAAGGAACCACAUAUUCGAGAAAUGAAGAUAUAUAUUGAUAAGAAAUAUGAGACUGUGAUAAUGCCUGUGUUCGGCAUUGCCACACCCUUCCAUAUUGCCACAAUCAAGAACAUAAGUAUGUCAGUCGAAGGAGAUUAUACUUACCUGCGAAUCAACUUCUAUUGUCCAGGCAGUGCUCUGGGCAGGAACGAGGGCAACAUCUUUCCUAACCCUGAAGCCACUUUUGUCAAGGAAAUUACAUACCGAGCUUCAAAUAUGAAGGCACCUGGAGAGCAGACUGUACCAGCCUUAAAUCUUCAGAAUGCUUUUCGAAUUAUAAAAGAAGUACAAAAACGUUACAAGACGCGAGAAGCUGAAGAGAAAGAAAAAGAGGGCAUUGUGAAACAAGACUCAUUGGUGAUCAAUCUAAACCGGAGUAAUCCAAAACUGAAAGAUCUGUACAUUCGUCCAAACAUUGCUCAAAAGAGAAUGCAAGGCUCCCUGGAGGCCCAUGUCAAUGGUUUCCGCUUCACAUCUGUUCGAGGAGACAAAGUGGACAUUCUGUACAAUAAUAUUAAGCAUGCUUUGUUCCAGCCCUGUGACGGGGAAAUGAUUAUUGUCUUGCACUUUCACCUCAAGAAUGCUAUCAUGUUUGGGAAGAAGCGACAUACGGAUGUACAGUUCUACACAGAAGUUGGCGAGAUCACUACAGAUUUGGGGAAACACCAGCAUAUGCAUGACCGAGAUGACCUCUAUGCUGAGCAGAUGGAACGGGAAAUGAGACACAAACUGAAAACAGCCUUUAAAAAUUUCAUCGAAAAAGUAGAGGCUCUAACAAAGGAGGAGCUGGAGUUCGAAGUACCAUUUAGGGACCUGGGGUUUAAUGGGGCUCCCUACAGGAGUACCUGCCUCCUUCAGCCCACUAGUAGUGCACUGGUAAACGCUACAGAGUGGCCACCUUUUGUGGUGACUUUGGAUGAAGUGGAGCUGAUCCAUUUUGAGAGGGUCCAGUUUCACCUGAAAAACUUUGAUAUGGUGAUUGUCUAUAAGGAUUACAGCAAGAAAGUCACAAUGAUCAAUGCCAUUCCAGUCGCCUCACUAGACCCCAUCAAGGAAUGGCUGAAUUCCUGUGACCUAAAGUACACAGAAGGAGUUCAGUCCCUCAACUGGACUAAAAUCAUGAAGACCAUUGUUGAUGACCCCGAGGGCUUCUUUGAACAAGGUGGCUGGUCUUUCCUGGAACCUGAGGGUGAGGGGAGUGAUGCUGAGGAAGGGGAUUCCGAGUCUGAAAUUGAAGAUGAGACUUUUAAUCCUUCUGAGGAUGACUAUGAAGAGGAAGAAGAGGACAGUGAUGAAGACUAUUCGUCAGAAGCCGAAGAAUCAGACUAUUCCAAGGAAUCUCUGGGCAGUGAAGAAGAAAGCGGAAAGGACUGGGAUGAGCUAGAAGAAGAAGCUCGGAAAGCGGACCGUGAAAGCCGUUAUGAGGAGGAAGAAGAACAGAGUCGAAGUAUGAGCCGGAAGAGGAAGGCAUCUGUACAUAGUUCAGGCCGUGGCUCUAACCGUGGUUCCAGACACAGCUCUGCACCCCCCAAGAAGAAGAGAAAGUAGUAUGAACUUUGGGUCCUAUGCUCCAUUCUCUCUGCAGACAACUCCUAAAAAUGAGAUGACAUAGAAACUGUUUUUCUUUUGGUUUCAUUGAAGUUUUGCCAUUUGUGUUUGGGUUUAGGGGCCAUUUGUGCGGACCAAGCUACUCGGGGAAUUCCAGGUCCACCAGGACAUGUGCCAGUGGCCCCGUUCAGAUGGCUGGCAAGGGAAGCAGUGUUGAAGGGCAGGAGGCUCCUCCUACUGUUGAUAGCAAUUGUUCUUUUCUUCUGACAACCUAUCUUUGGUGUCUCAACGCUGAAUUACCAAGACAGUGGUAUAAGCUGACCAUUAACUAUUUCUACUAUGAUUCUUUUUUCUUUAUUUUUUUUUUCUGGCUUUUUGAAACAGUCUCGCUUUGCAGCCAUAGCUGACCUUGUAAACCAGGCUGGCCUCAGACUCGUGAUCCUCUUGCUCCGCCUCCCUAGUACUGGGAUUACAGGCCUGAGCCACUGAACAAGCAUGGUUCUGGCCCUCGGGCUCAGUCCUUCCGUCCCUUUAAGUUUCAGAUCUGAAGUUCUUAAGAAAGGUUCUUGGGCUUUGCUGAUGAUUAUGAUAUACACAGCUGAGCUGAAAGCAGAGUAGACCAGUGCCUGGUCUUAUGUGUUUCUGGUUUCUUGCCUCAUGCACAUUCUGGGACGUUUCUGUAGCCUUGGAAGACAUAAGCACUGGCACUCCAUGCUGGAUUUUUUUCUCUUUACAGGUCCAUAUGUGGUAAGUGCUAGAAGGUAAAACUACCACUGUCUCUUCUGAUACUCUAAGGAAGCAUAGUUAUGCCUUGUACACUGCAGGUGACAUCUAGAGGGAGACUAAAAGGAAUCAGCACAGAUCUGAAAGAAUAGGUCAUGUCUUGGGCUACAAUAUCUUAAUAAGAGAAGCUGGAAGAAGGCCACAACCACAAGGCUGGGCUCUGCUGCUCCUCCCUUUACUUUCUCUGCAGUGUCUUGUGUUGGUCAUCUCCGACGGUCAGCUUUGAAGUACUGGGGGACUUUUAUCUUGCGUCCUCCCUGCAGGCCCUCUGCAUCCACCUGUUCUACUUUGCCUCCUCUGUUCUGUGACUUUAAGAGAAGGGGCUUCUCAGAUUUUAUGUUUGUUUGUUAUUUUCUCCUUAGCAGUAGGACUUGAUAUUUUGAAUUUUGGAAGAACUAAAAGAUAAUAAACUGGGAUUUUUUUUUGUUUUGUUUUUUGUAAA